UUGCACUGAAACCGAACAACGCGACGGAGAGUCCGCCUAUUCAUUUGCUGGUCAUCGCCGAUCUCCCCGCUCUCUCUCUGCUUCCCCCAUUUCCCAAAUUUCCUCUUUCACUUCUAUUCAAACCCUAGAUUUCAAUCUUCGAUUUCGACAGAAAAAUAGGAGGAAAAAAAAUCAACUAUUUCUUCAAAGAUCCUUUGAUCCUCUUGUCUUGUCGACAAUGGAGGAUGAGUGUUGCUCGACGCAGUUGAUCGAUGGAGAGGGCGAGUUCAACGUCGCCGGAUUGGAUCAUUUCAUGAAGACGGUGAAGCUUAAAGAAUGCGGGCUCUCGUACGCCGUUGUCUCCAUCAUGGGACCCCAGAGCAGCGGUAAGAGCACCUUACUUAACCAUCUAUUUAGUACAAACUUCAGGGAAAUGGAUGCUUUCAGAGGAAGGAGUCAAACUACUAAAGGUAUCUGGAUAGCACAUUGUGUGGGCCUUGAACCUUGCACAAUUGUUGCAGACUUGGAGGGCAUGGAUGGCAGGGAGAGAGGAGAGGAUGAUACAGCAUUUGAGAAGCAGAGUUCCCUUUUUGCACUGGCAGUUUCAGAUAUUGUUCUGAUAAAUAUGUGGUGCCAUGACAUCGGCCGUGAGCAGGCUGCUAACAAGCCACUUUUGAAGACGGUCUUUCAGGUCAUGAUGCGAUUAUUCUGUCCUCGCAAGACAACAUUACUGUUUGUUAUUCGUGACAAGACAAAGACCCCAUUGGAACAUUUAGAGCCAGUCUUAAGGGAGGAUAUUCAAAAGAUAUGGGAUAGUGUUCCUAAGCCUGAGGCUCAUAAAGAUACUGCACUCAGUGAAUUUUUUAAUGUGGAAGUCACAGCUUUGUCUAGUUUUGAAGAAAAAGAGGAGCAGUUUAUAGAACAGGUUAAACAAUUAAGGCAGCGGUUUCACCAUUCAAUUGCACCUGGAGGUCUUGCUGGUGAUAGAAGAGGUGUGGUUCCUGCUUCAGGAUUUUCUUUUAGCGCACAAGAAAUAUGGAAAGUGAUUCGAGAAAAUAAAGACCUCGACCUUCCUGCUCAUAAGGUAAUGGUGGCUACAGUGCGUUGCGAAGAGAUUGCCAAUGAGAAGCUGAGUCGUUUGACCUCAGAUGAGAGUUGGCUGGAGUUGGAAGAGGCUGUUCAAUCUGGUCCGGUGUCAGGAUUUGGCAGAAAACUUGGCUCCAUCCUGGACACUUACCUGUCAGAAUAUGACGAUGAAGCUAUCUAUUUUGAAGAAAGUGUUAGGACUGCAAAACGGCAGCAGUUGGAAUCAAGAGCUUUACAUCUUGUGCAUCCUGCUUUUCAGGCAAUGUUAGGGCAUCUUCGUUCUAAAUAUCUUGACAAAUUUAAAAAUGAUCUGGAGCAGUCGCUAAAAAGUGGCAGAGGUUUUGCAACUUCUGUUAGUUCCUGUACUCAGUCUUGCAUGGAUGAAUUUGAACAAGGGUGUGCAGAUGUGGUAAUUAAGCAUGCGGAUUGGGAUGCUUCCAAAGUUCGAGAGAAACUUCAACGUGAUAUUGAGGCCCAUGCUGUUUCUGUCCGCAGUACGAAGUUGUCUGAGUUGUCAGCUGCCUGUGAGAAACAACUAACAGAAGCUCUUUCUGAACCUGUGGAAUCCUUGUUUGAAGCUUCUGGGAUUGAUGUUUGGACAUCAAUCAGAAGGCUUUAUCAACAAGAAAUGCAGAAGGCUCUAUCAGGGCUCGCAAAUUCUCUUUCUGGCUUUGAACUGGACCAAGUAUUUUUCAAUGAGAUGCUUGGAAAUCUCAAGGACUACGCAAGGAACGUGGUGGAAAAGAAAUCUAGGGAAGAAGCAUCAAAGGUUUUGAUUCAUAUGAAGGACAGGUUCUCAACAGUAUUUAGUCAUGAUAAAGACUCUAUGCCAAGAGUAUGGACAGGAAAAGAGAAUAUUCGGAAGAUCACAAAGGAAGCCCGUGCUGCGGCCCUGAAGCAUUUAUCUGUAGUGGCUGCUAUCCGUUUGGAUGAGAAAUCAGAUAAGAUAGAGAACAUUCUUGUUUCAGCUCUUACUGAUGCUCCUGUUUCCAAAGGGAAAGGAAAUGCUGCUAAUAUAGAUCCACUUGCUUCGAGUUCAUGGGAACAGGUUCCACCAAAAGAUACAUUAAUUACACCGGUGCAGUGCAAGUCCUUGUGGAGGCAAUUCAAAACAGAGACGGAGUACACAGUCACACAAGCAAUAUCAGCACAGGAAGCUCACAAGCGCAGUAACAGUUGGCUACCUCCUCCAUGGGCACUUCUUGCACUUGCGGUCCUUGGUUUCAAUGAAUUCAUGGUGCUUUUGAGGAAUCCUUUAUACCUAGGGGUAAUUUUUGUUCUUUUCUUACUGUCAAGAGCUCUAUGGGUACAACUUGGUAUCGCUGGAGAAUUUCGCAAUGGUGUGCUUCCAGGAAUUCUCUCAAUAUCAUCGAAGCUUCUUCCCACAGUUAUGAACCUCUUGAGACAACUAGCUGAAGCGGGAGAGAGAAAUAAUACAGCAGCACAAGCUCCAGAACCAUCUCCUCCCCUGAAUACUCAAAGCAGGAGCCAAUCACAAAAACCCCCACCAGUUGUUCCAACUCCUGAGUCAUCCUCAUCAUCAACAUUUUCUUCUCCUAGAAAUGGGGGUGAGCACGCAAGUACUUUAAAGGAGUCUGACACAGAAGCCAGCAGUACUUCCUAA